AUGGUGACCUUCACGCACAACCUGGAGAGCAACCACUGGACGACCGUGAAUGGGCCUCUAGAGACAACAAGAGACCCCUCUGGAGGAAUUGAGAGAACUGAACAAUGCGAGCUCCAAGGCUUCCCAGGCUCGAUCCGAGUACUUGACAAGGAAGAGGCCCUAACAGAGGCUAAUCAACAGCGUGCUGGAACAACGUUUUGGUCUGAUGGCUCCAGACUCGAUACAGGACGUGCAGGAGCCGGUGUCACUUUACAGGCUGUACCUAAAGGCCCCUGGGAACACGUAGAAGUGCCAAUGGGCCACGGACACGAGGUCUUUGACGCAGAACUAGUGGGAGUAGCCACAGCCCUUGAAUGGGCACUGGAGAGGCAACCUCUUGAUCCUAUCUGGGUGUUACUUGACGCACAGAAUGCUAUUGAUCGCCUCAGAUCGACAAGGCCAGGCCCUGGGCAAGCCCUUGUUCUUAGGGCUCACAGGGCAGCUAAGAAACUAGCCUUGAGAGGCCAGCCAGUCACAAUACAAUGGGUCCCAGGCCACUCAGGGAUUGAAGGGAACGAGCAGGCUGAUCAAGCUGCUAAACGUGCAGCUAGUAAACAAACCGCGCCUGGUUUUGAGCACCUAUCUCUGGCGCACGUUAGAAGGGCUUGCACGGAAGCAAGGAGAGCUGCAGUAUCUGAAUGGGCUCAAAUCAAUGCUGUACAAGGCAGGCAUAGAGACGGACGUGUCUACAAGAUGCCUCGAGGCUGGAACCUUGACCCAGUGGCAGGAAAAGCUCCAAAAAGAGUGGCUAGUCGUUACUACCAGUUAAAGACAGGACAUGCUCCAAUUGGCACCUAUCUAUACCGGAUAGGCCAACGGGAAUCGCCUGAGUGUCAGGCCUGCAAGGAACCUCAUGAGACAGUAAGGCAUGUACUCUUUGAGUGCCGUGGACGUCGUGCAGGACGAAGAACUCUCUAUCAAGCCCUCAAAAAAGCAGGCGUGCCACUGCCUACAGCGGCUGAGGAAAACCCCGAGGCUAGGCUAUUUGCUGAGCCUAGGGCGACGCAGGGUUUGCUGCAAUUCGUGGCUGAAGCCAACCUAUUCAAUGAUAAGGAGCGGACAGCCAGAGAGGCUGAGUCUAGUGAUGCGUGGGGGUGGGAUACGUUGGAGGAAGGUGGCCUAGGGGUGAGGCCUGUAGGGUCUCACCAAGGCUUCCAGAGUGAGAAGAAGGAGGUUUUUAGACACCGUGCUUUCCCACAGGCUCCAAAUAGCAACAUUGAGCUGCAGCUUCCUGAGCCUGGAUCUGCCCACAAGCUGGUUAACGAGGGAGCAGUCAAGAAUGCCCUCUUUAGCCAGGGACUAGAGAAAGCUCCAGGUACAGAUUUACUGAACUUCCGAGCCAUCAGGCUCUUGUGGAAUUUAGAUUCAGAGCGCGUGGUCAGCCUAGUAAAGCAGUGCCUUAGGCUUGGGAUACAUCCGCGGAUCUGGAAAAUAGCUAAGGGGGUUCUCUUGAGAAAGAACGGCAAAACCAACUACACACUGGCUAGCGCGUAUCGAGUGAUAAGCCUAUUGAAGUGCCUAGGCAAGGUGAUUGAGAAGCUCGUUGCAGAGCUAAUCACAAGCUUUGCAGAGGCCCAAGAUCUCUUCCACGAUGGCCAAUUUGGAGGCCCCUGGGCGAAUGGGAAGCUGGCUGCAGCACUGUUUAUGGAUAUUAAGGGGGCCUUUGACCAUGUUGUCUUAGCCAGACUAAUCAAGGUCCUCAGAGAGGCUAGCGUGGAUGGAGACCUUAUACGCUGGGUAGUCUCGUUUCUAUCUGACCGGCGAGUCACUCUUAUAAUUGAUGGACACGUGGGAAAGGAAGUACCGAUAAGCUCUGGGUUACCUCAGGGCUCUCCAGUGUCACCCAUUCUCUUUGUUCUAUACGUUCAUGGGCUAUCAAGAGCCAUUGAGAGGAGUGUGCCGGAGGUUCGAUGUCUAUCCUUUGUGGACGACCAAGGCCUAAUAACAGCCGCAAGCUCAGUGAAGGAGGCUUGUAGGAUCCUUGAGAAAGCCGCGGAAGUAGCCAUCGACAUUAGUGAAGCGCAUACAUGUGACAGAGCCACCUCCGUCCCGGCUCCGUACCAGGUCAAAGGUGAAGCCAUUCCCGUCGUAGGGCUGCAGCCCUACGGGUUGCCAGAUAGGGAACCGCCAGAGCGCUCAGCUCAGCAAUACAGUAAGAUUGACCCUUUCACACCAAAAACCAAGCGUCAGAUAAAAGCCUCAGGCGCACUUUAUUUAAAAGAUGCGAAUCGCCUCAUAAAACGCCGCCAUAAUGGGGAUUUAUUGAGGAUUCAUAAACAGCACGUACAAUAUGACAUAGUGGGGAACAUCUAUCUUCGCGCAAAUCAAUUUUUUGAAAUUACGCCACCAGUCAAGAGCUAUCAAUCGAGCCUACUUUUACUAGGUAAGAGCGUAGUAAUGGCUCAGGCGCGCAUGUUGACACACUCAACAGGUGAAAAUCUGCAUCCACAACAACGCGUCCUAAUACGCGCCGGGGCUCAACAACCACCACCACCACCGCCAAUCACUAACCAACAACGACCAAUCAAGACUUAUACGAAAAUGGAAGACCUUGCUAAGGCAGCGGAGCUGCUCGCUCAGUAUAUAUACUCAAACCCUCGCGAAGGCAAGGAUAAUCCAAUGAUUAGAGGAUUUAUCAAUAACGUACAAGACUUCACUACCACUCACAAAUCUGGUCCAGAAAUCCUUACAGAUCUCAAGCGGCUGCUUGUAGAUGUCCAAAAGGACACCGCGGUGCUCCGGACACGAUCCAAUCAAGCAUCUCAAUCAAGCGCUACAACCAGAUUGUCAUCUGCCAGUCUUCGGAGCGCAGCCGCACCCUCAUCUCGAAGCGCCGGCUCCUCCGCACCAGGUGUUAGCCAUACAGAGCUGAGUAUGGACUGUGAGAUUGUCGUUAAGAUCCGCGAUGAAGCUAUCCGCAAGGAGAUACGUGAACUGCAUCCUGCGGAGAUCGUGAAGCGAGCCAAACGAGCCAGGGCCCACGCAGUGAAGGGCACUCCAAGCCUGCCUCUAGCCAGUCAUGUAUUCAUUGCUGCUUGA